AUGGGAUCAAGCAUGCCAAAAUGCUUUGGAAACAUUAAACAAUACCUGUUGAAUUCACAAGUUCUAACGGCACCAAUUAAAGGGAAGCCUUUAAUCCUAUACAUUGCAACAUUAGAACGCUCGUUGGGUGCAUUGCUCGCCCAACAGAACGAGGAUGGAAAGGAGAAUGCAGUAUAUUACUUGAGUAGAACUCUCGUAGGGGCAGAACAAAAUUACACCCCCACCGAAAAGGUCUGCCUCGCUUCGUUGUUUGCUGUCCAGAAACUACGACACUACAUCCUCUCUCAUAGAGUCAUUUUGAUUUCCAAGGCAGAUCCACUCCGAUAUUUAAUGUCCAAGCCUGUGCUCUCUAGGUGA